GACCAUUCUCGCGAACUGCGUGGCUGAGCGGGGGCAGGGCAGCAACCUGCCAUUGCGCAAACUGGUUGAGGCAGAGCUUAGCAAGCUGGACCAGGCUGCUGGUCGCUCACAAGCAGGACGCCUGUCCUCCGUGGAGAAGAAUGCGGUGACCUUCCUCUGCCUCACAACCGAGCCAAUCCGGCAGAAGGUCCGCCUCAUCUGGGGUGAUGAGAAGGUAGCCCACAGCGCGGUCCCGACGGAGUUCCUAGACAUUAAGGGGCAGGGGCGCUUCCUGAUGGAGACCACAGUGCCAGAGGAGAAGGCGGAGUGGCGGGAGCGGACGGCCCCUGCAGAAGAGAAGCUGUUGCUGUGGCUGGACCGGCUGUCUGAGGCCUUCAGCUGGCGGGUGCAGGAAGCGUACGAGAAGUCAGAGCGCCCAUCCAUGGACGCUGUCGCGCACAAGUUUCGGGACACUGAGCCAGAAAUUGUCUACAGGACUUGUUGCAUGUUCCUGGAGAGCAGCCCGGACCAGAUCGCCCUCAUGUCCUCUGAGCGACAGCAGCACUUGCUCCAAGACUUCUUGCGUGGCAAGAUCAGCAGCAUGGUCCCCUCAGCCAAGGCCAUGGACCCAACGUAUCGGCCAAGGCUGGAGCUGAUCAGGGUGCGCCUGGAGGGAGCGCGUGCAGAGUUUGCCCAACACGUCAGCAAGAUCAGCUCCCACGAGGAGCAGUGCGAGGUAAAGCGCAUGGAGGGGAAGGAGGCGGCCCAUCAGGCUCUCAGCAGCAUGCUGGAGGUGCACCUACAGCAGCUGUACACGGCCAGCAGCAUGUCUCGCACAGAGAACGAGGCCGCCACAGUCGAGCUCAAGCGCAGCAAGGUGGUGUCCAUCCACCGGCCGUCGUGGAGGAAGUUCAUGGAGGCAGCAGGCCGGACGGCUGCUGAGGCACCGCUCCCUGAGGGAACGGCAGCCGCUGAGCAGCGCACCAUGUUGCGGCUGAAUGUGAUCGAUUGCUGCGCCAUGGGGCCCACGCACACGCAGCUCUAUCCAGAAAUGAUCGAGGAUGCGGCAAAGGAGGCUGCCACAUUCCCAGCCACCUUCUUCGGCAUAUGCAAGCUGCCGAAUGCCCCAGGCAGGCUGUGCAAGAGCGCUGAUCCACAGGCAGCUGUGGAGGAGGCGCAGAAUGCUGUCCUGGAGAAGUUGAGGGAGACUUCAAGCCACCUCAAGGUUCAGGUGGUGCAAGUGCAUUACGAUGCUGACACCGUGAAGUCACCCAAGAGGAAAUAUUGGCACCCUGCGGCGAUCUUCGUCUCGGAUGAGAAGGAGGCGGAUGGCAGCUACAAGUCCGCGUUCCUGACGCGCAGCAUUUGGGUGCGUGGGUCCCUGGGUAAGUUUGUGGAGUGCAUGAGCCGCGCAGACUACAGGCACUGGACAGCAGACUGUAGCAACUUUGCCAAUGUCCUGGCUGCGUCCGCAGACAAUGAGGUGAGUGACUUGCGGCAACACCACAGCGGCCUCCCCCUGAACUUGCAGCUCCUGAAAGCCUGCCUGCACGGUUUCUCCACCAAGCUAACAGUGCAGGCGACUGGACACCUGCCGAUGUCCCUCCCCCGCAUCGCCUACACAGCCACAGCCUGGGACAACUUCUUGCAGAAUGGCGCUGGGAAGAGGCUGAUCUCCAACCUCAACACCGCGAUGGCAGCAAACCUUCGCAAGAUGGUGUUGAACCAAGAGUAUGAGCUGCCCGGCCUCCGAGCUGAGGACUUCAGGGUGUUGACGGGGAGCACCAGUGGUGAGGAUGCCUCAAGCAGGCCCCCGAUGCCCAAGAAGAUCCAGUACUGCGUGCCCCGCCAAGCCAACAAGCAGUGGGAGCUGCCAAUCUUGGCACAGGAGAUCAGCAGGUGGAAAGCUGACCUGCCCAGCAUGGAUGGGGACAUUGAGGACCUGGUGCAGCAGCACAACAAGCUGGUGAACCCUGCAGGCACAGCUUACGCGGCAGCUGCAAAACACGAGGCGGACACACCCAAGCAGGCUGAGGUGGGCCUGCCGUUCGACCGCACCAAGGCUCUGCCAGACCUACCGCAGCAGCCAAAGUCCAUUGCUGACAUGCCGGACAGGCUCACCUUGGUGUCCAACCUGUGCGGCGACCUCUUUGUGACAGCCACGGAAGACCAGAUGCUCACGGGCGACUUGCCGUUGUUCUCUGUCAAGGGCAAGUGGUUGUUUCGGGAGAAAGCAGACCAGGCGAUGCAGGAGCCUGGCCAAGUCUUCGCCGUGAAGCUGAGCGCUGAGGCUGUGGUGGUUCCCGAGGACGCUGUCCGGAAGGCCGCGCCGACUCUCGCUGACAUUCCGACGGCGCCGGUGCAGCUCCAGAAGUACGUGCAGGAGCUUGCCCAGCGCAAUUUUGUCCACACGAAGCUGAUGGGCCACACCAUUGCUCGCAAGGAGGGCAGCACAGAGUUCAUUGUGUCGCCCACAGGGGCUUGCGCCUUCGAGGGAGCUGUCCUGGCACGAGGCAAGCAAGGAAAGCCGAGCCUGCAGAACUUCGGCGCCUAUGCUACCCUGCCAGUCUUGAUGGCCGCAGACCGCAUCAAGCUUUUGCCUCGGGUCAGCUUCAACCCCGAUAACAACACCAUCGAGCUUGGAUUCCCAGGUGUCCACCUGACACAGCCCAUCGCCCUGGUCGCUGGCUCCUUGUACUGCCUGGCCCUGAACCAGAAUCGCAACAUCAAAGUGGCCAAGGAUGAGGACUCUGAGCCGGGAAGUGACGCGGGGGAAGGAGAGGAACCGAAGAAAGGCAAGAAACGCCGCAGACUCACGCCCAAGAAGCCGCAAGUCACACCCAGGUGGAACUCAUUCAUGAGGAAGUGGCAGAGGAGCGAUCGCGUCGGCUGCCCAUUGAAGUGCAAGAAUUGCCUCGCUAGGAGCCGGGCGCCUCAGCUCGAGGACAUGAGCUCGCGAAACUCAUUCAUGAGGAAGUGGCAGAGGAGCGAUCGCGUCGGCUGCCCGUUGAAGUGCAAGAAUUGCCUCGCUAGGAGCCGGGCGCCUCAGCUCGAGGACAUGAGCUCGCGAAACUCAUUCAUGAGGAAGUGGCAGAGGAGCGAUCGCGUUGGCUGCCCGUUGAAGUGCAAGAAUUGCCUCGCUAGGAGCCGGGCGCAUCAGCUCGAGGACAUGAGCUCGCGGAACUCAUUCAUGAGGAAGUGGCAGAGGAGCGAUCGCGUUGGCUGCCCAUUGAAGUGCAAGAAUUGCCUCACUAGGAGCCGGGCACAUCAGCUCGAGGAGCCGGGCACAUCAGCUCGAGAUGAGCUCAUUGAGGAAAUGGCGGAGGAAGAGCAGGAGUUUCAGGAUGAUGAGUGCAGCAGCCCUGGGCCCUUGGGACCUUUGCAACACUGCGCAGACAGCCGAGUGAGCUCAGAGGCUGCAGAGGAGGUGGGCUCGGAGGCAGGACAGUCCUGGACCACGCAGGAGGCUUCCGCCCUCCUGGUGCGGGAGCCCGCUGCUGAGGACCAAGCCAACCUUUCCAUGGAGCAGAUGGCUGAAGAGGAGCACUUGCUCAGCUUCCGCAAGGACACGGAGGGUCGAGUGGCCAGCGGUGGUGAGGGACUUCCUCAGGACACAGCUGAGCCUGCGAUUCAAGACAAAGGCGCCCUCUCGCUGGCUGAUGCGGAGCAACUUCCCAGCCCCCCCGAUGAGGUUAAGUGGCGCACUCGAAAGUUGCUGCGUCCGGCGCCACUCUUGGGUGCGAACUUUGCUGGGCGCCGGCGCAACCCUACCAACCAGAGCCGCCUCGACGAGCUUGAGGAGGUAUUUGUUGAGCUGGUGCGCCGCUCUCACUCCUUGCCGUCGAAUGGCCAGAAAAUGCAGCGCUCUUUCUUUCAGCACUGCAAGGGUCGUGAGGACCUCGGCAAGGCUGCCCAAGAAUUUGCUGACCGACAUGGACUCUUCAAUGGGCCAGAGCCCGAAGAAGCCUGGCCUGGUGUCGUGCCAGCUCAAGGGCGUGGGCCGAAGGCUAUGAAGCGGCCUGCCACGGCAGUGCUGGCAAAGAAGCCAGCCAGCAAGGUUAGAGCAGAGUGA